AUGGAUCUUGCUCCUUUCAAGCUGGAUAUUGAUGAGCUACUAGAUGAUUAUGCCAAGGAAAAUUGUACGUCAUUCACCGAUUUCAAGAGAGUGUGGAUGGCCAAGAAGUUUUCUUAUAUCUUUGAAGGCCGACCCAAGACGAAUUCAGGCGUUUUUAUGCAAUCCCUCUUUUUGCAUUGUAUUGGCCAUAUGACUUCCCAAAGUUCUCUACUUCAGAGGUUGCCUGGGCUUUACUGCCUUUACUGCCUUUAUGAGUGCCAACCAUACAAGCCACACUACAAAAUUUAUCUGUCUCUUGAGGAGUCCAAGAAACUCAAAGACUUUGUCAUUGAGGCUAAGCAGAAUGGGCUUGCUCUUGUACCAGCACUUGUCAAAAGGAUGCUAGACAAAGGCAUGUUUCUGUUUGGGUUCAUAAAUUUGCUUGGUGACAAUGAGGCAAAGGAGGUUGAUGAAAUGAAUGCAUCCCAGAAUAAACGGGUGAAAUUUGCCUGUGACAAGUUGUUUGCAAAUACUCAAAUAGGGAGUUACAUGCACACAGACUUGGGAGUGGAGUUUGAACUUGACAGCAUCAAGAAACUGUCAAUGGACUACGCUAAAGCCAAAGAAUCAGCCUUUGCAGAGGCAAGCCAAACUGUUGAUGUGGAAGAUGCCAAGCACAUCCUUCAGAAUGACAAACUGCUGGGUGACAAGGUAGAGGAAAUCGUCAAAGAGUGGGAUGCCCAGAAGGAAGAGUUCUACCAGAAAACAGGUGUAUCUCCCCAUGAUGAACUGGCGGUGGUUGACAACGACGAAUCUGGAGAAUUCCAUGACGAAAACGAAACCGACGCCUUUGAUGAGUUAGAACAGCUGCUGCUGGAAUGA